AUGUAUGACGAAGCAAUAGAUGUGGUAAAUGCAAAUGAAAUAGAAACUCCACCAAAAUCUGAAUCCCCAAAUCCACCAAGGUUUAUAGCGGGAACCACAGGUCUUUCUAUGGGUGAAGAUGACUUCAAAAAUGUAACGAAGAAAUCAGAGAAACCUCUACUAAAUAAAAAUCUCACGCUUGGUAAAGCUUCCUUUAAUGAUGAAAAUACAUCCAAUGAAUCCAGUGUUUCUUCAGAUCUAGAGUUAAAAAAUCGUAAAGAUGAUAUAAUUAAAAACAUAAUUCGCAGUGGAUCAGAUAUCGCUUUGCAUGCUUCUACACCUGAUUAUUAUGACUUAAACAAGUUUAAAGAUUUGCAAGUAUCGCCUGAUGCAAAAGAAUUAUUUCUUCACAUCAGUAGAUACACUCCACAAAAUAUUGAGUUGGAGUAUAGAUUAAAACCAUUCAUACCAAAAUUGAUACCUGCUGUCGGAGACAUUGAUGCUAUGCUCAAAGUUGUUCCACCAUCUCCAUGGAUAGAUACUGAUGGAAUGCCUAAUAAUAUUAAUGUACUUGGAUUAGAGGUUUUAGAUGAACCAUCAGGAACGCAAAGUGAACCGGCAUUAUUGCACAUGAAAUUGAGGGCUUCAAACACAAGGUCUACUCCAUCAAGUGCUGGAGGACCUCCAGUUUCAUUAGCAAAAUCGAACAAAGAUAUUGAAAAAUGGAUUCGUGACAUAGAAGCACUACAUGCUACCCAACCAGCGCCAACAUUGUCUUAUAAUAAACCAGCACCUGAUGUAGACAGCUUGAUGCAGGAAUGGUCUGGUCCAGUAGAAAGGGUUCUUGAUGAAAAUGGGUUUCCAGAACCUACUUUAGAUUGCACUUUGUCUCAAUACGUAUCCAUAGUAUGCAAUUUACUUGAUAUACCUAUUCCCAAACCAUAUGGACAUAAAGAGCGUCUACAUGCUUUGCACACAUUGUUUUCUUUGUAUGCAGUAAUUCGGAAUAGUACUUGA